GCCGAGGGGGUGAAGCUGGAGAACUACUACGUGCAGCCCAUCUGUACGCCCUCCCGCAGCCAGCUCCUCACCGGCAGGUAUCAGAUCCACACGGGCCUGCAGCACUCGGUCAUCAGGCCCGCACAGCCCAACUGCCUGCCGCUGGGCCACGCCACGCUGCCGCAGAAGCUGAGGGAGGCGGGCUACGCCACGCACAUGGUGGGCAAGUGGCACCUGGGCUUCUACCGGCGCGAGUGCAUGCCCACCCACAGGGGCUUCGACACCUUCUUUGGGUCCCUCCUGGGCAGCGGGGACUACUACACUCACUACAAGUGCGACGGCCCCGGGGCGUGCGGCUACGACCUGUACGAGAACGACCGUGCCGCCUGGGACCACGACGACGGCGUGUACUCCACGCACAUGUACACGCGCAGGGUGCAGCAGAUCCUGGCGGCCCACGACCCCGGGAAGCCUCUGUUUCUCUACAUUGCCUACCAGGCCGUCCACUCGCCGCUGCAGGCGCCCAGCAGGUACUUCAGGCACUACCGGUCCAUCGCCAACACGCACCGGCGCCGGUAUGCGGCCAUGCUCUCCUGCCUGGACGAGGCCGUGGGCAACGUGACCCUGGCCCUGCGGGCGCACGGCCUCUACAACAACAGCAUCCUCAUCUACUCCUCCGACAACGGCGGCCAGCCCUCCGCCGGGGGCAGCAAUUGGCCCCUCAGGGGCAGCAAGGGCACCUACUGGGAAGGGGGCAUCCGGGCCGUGGGGUUUGUGCACAGCCCCCUCCUGAGGCAGCGGGGCACAGUGUGCAGGGAGCUGGUGCACAUCACCGACUGGUACCCCACGCUGGUGGCGCUGGCCGAGGGGCACAUCGAGGAGGACGCUCACCUGGACGGCUACGACGUCUGGGAGACCAUCAGCGAGGGCCUGCGCUCACCCCGUGUGGACAUCUUGCACAACAUCGACCCCAUCUACACCAAGGCCAAGCACGGCUCCUGGGCGGCCGGCUACGGCAUCUGGAACACAGCCGUCCAGUCGGCCAUCCGCGUGCAGCACUGGAAGCUGCUCACGGGCAACCCCGGGUACGGCGACUGGGUGCCCCCUCAGGCCUUCAGCAACCUGGGCCCCAGCCGCUGGCACAGUGAGCGGGUCACCUUGGCGACGGGCCAGAGCGUGUGGCUUUUCAACAUCACGGCCGACCCCUACGAGAGGGUGGACCUCUCGGGCAGGUACCCCGGCGUAGUGAGGCAGCUGCUCCGCCGGCUGUCACAGUUUAACAGGACAGCAGUGCCCGUCAGGUAUCCCCCCGGGGACCCCAGGAGCAACCCUCGGCUCAACGGGGGCGUCUGGGGGCCCUGGUACAUAGAGGAAAGCAAGAAGAAGAAGAAGCCACGCAAAAAUAAGGCUGAGGGGAAGCAGAAGAGAAGGAAGACGAAGAAGAGGCCGCAGGAGGCAGGCUCGGGUCCCCAGAGCCGACCAGGUGCCCCUUGGGGGUGACGGUCCUCAGUCUGUCACCUGUUUGCUAUUCAGAAAGCAAAAGUGGUUUCACUCUUCCCAUCACAGGCCACGGGGGCCAUCUGGACACCCCCUGGGGUCCUUCUGCUGGGUGCUUGAGGUGCUGCUCCUGGAGACACCCUUAGGGGACACGGGGAUGUCCACCUCCCCGGCUCCUUAAAAGGCAGUCGUGGCCUUAUGAGCUCCCCUGCUGUGCUUUCCAUUCUAACGGGAUGCCGACCUGCUGCAGCGCCCGCUCCCCUGAUGGAGGGACCAGGCACCUGGUUAAAAGUGCCUUUGAGAAGGACAGCCAAAGGCUGGUCCACCUCCCAGGCUUCAAGAAAUAGAUUUGUUGCUGUUGUUAAUCCUCACCCCAGGAUAUUUUUCCAUUGAUUUUUAGAGAGGGUGGACG